UGGGCCCCAAUGAGCACUAAACAUACCCGCCACAAAUAAAAAAGAGAGGCGAAAAAGAAGAACAAAUAAAGUUAAAUUCUCAGGACUUCCUCACUCUCGUUUGACCCCCAAAACCACCAAAAAAUGGCAGUGGCCGGUCUUUACCGGAGAGAACUCCCCUCCCCGCCCGCGAUCGAGUUCGCUUCCCCGGAAGGCAAGAAACUGUUUGGUGAAGCUUUGGGAAAUGGAACCAUGGAAGGCUUCUUCAAGCUCAUCUCCUACUACCAGACCCAAUCCGAGCCGGCCUACUGCAGCCUGGCCACUCUCGCCGUGGUCCUCAACGCGCUCGCUAUCGACCCCGGAAGGAAAUGGAAAGGGCCGUGGAGGUGGUUUGACGACUCGAUGCUCGAUUGCUGUGAGCCUCUGUCCAAGAUCCAAGCGCAAGGCAUUACAUUUGGGAAAGUGGCGUGCCUGGCGCAUUGCAAUGGAGCUGAGGUGGAAGCUUUCCGCACGCACGAGAGCUCGCUGGAUGAUUUUCGCAAGCGUGUGAUUUCGUCUACUUCUUCUGAGGAUUGCCAUGUCAUCGCUUCGUACCACAGAGGUGUCUUUAAGCAGACUGGAAGCGGUCAUUUUUCGCCGAUUGGGGGAUAUCAUGCUGCAAAAGAUAUGGUUCUCAUUUUGGAUGUUGCGAGGUUCAAGUAUCCUCCCCAUUGGGUUCCUCUUUCACUUCUUUGGGAGGCGAUGGAUACUGUUGAUGGAGCUACUGGACACCGUCGGGGGUUCAUGGUUAUUUCAAGGCUGAACAGACCACCAUCUAUCCUAUACACUGUGAGUUGCAGACAUGAAGGCUGGAACAAUGUUGCAAAGUACUUAAUAGAAGAUGUGCCUCUACUUAUGAAGUUGGAUGAAAUAAAAGAUGUGCAGGAAGUAAUCUCUGUUGUAUUCAAAUCACCACCUGCCGACUUGAGAGAGUUUGUCAAAUGGGUGGCUGAGGUCCGGAGACAAGAGAAUGGGCAUUUGAUCUUAAGCAACGAGGAGAAAGGAAGACUAGCCAUUAAGGAAGAGGUAUUGAAACAAGUAACAGAGACAGAACUCUACAGACAUGUAACUAGAUGGUUGGCUUCUGAAAGUUCACCUUGUAAAGAAACCACACCACCAGGUGCUAAAGAUAUGUUGCCUGCGAUUGGUGCUGAGGUCCACUACCAAGGAGCAGAAAUUUUGGGUGGGAAUAUUUGUUCAUCAAAUGGAACAUGCUGUACACCAACUGAUGUUAAACUCUUGAAGUCCAAUGGUGAUUAUCCUGUAACGGUGGUGUCAGGAAUUGUAACAACUGAUGGCAAUGAGCAAGGAGUUGAUUUGCUGGUUCCAUCUUGUAAAACAGAUCCUAGUAGCUUGUGUUCUUUCGAUAGAGGCAGCUGCAUAGGGAUGCAUCCAUCUACAGGUGAUGUUCUCACUGUACUUCUGUUGGCGCUACCUCCACUCACAUGGUCAGGUAUUAAAGAAGCAACACUCCUGUCCGAAAUUAAUGGUCUUGUAUCAACUGAUUGUCUACCUGCUUUGCUUCAAGGGGAGAUUCUGUUCUUGCGACGACAAAUUCACUUUCUCAUGACCGAUAAUGGAGCAGGUUCUCGCUCAUAACUGGACGUUUACCUCUUCUGCUUUUGUUCUUUAACAUUUAUCAACUAAGCAUACCAGACAAUGACAGUCUUGAAAGAAUUGGUGAAAAUUUUCAAUGUAUCAUGCAACUGUAACAUGAUUAGGAGAUUUACCUUUUAGUAUGUAUAAGUCGAUUGUAAAAGAGACGUGGUGUAAUUUUAAGUUUGUAACAUUACCACUGAA